AUGCCUGAAGUACUACCUAUCUACCUUCCUCCCCCAGGCCCUCCCCGACCACGCCCUCUUCUUACCAGUACUCAAGACCUCGUCAAGCGUUUCCAACUACUACCGGCAUAUGACAAGUAUGUCCGGCCGUACGCGCCGGCUGUCGGCCAGCCAUCCGUGGCCGCGGACAAGGGCAAAGGCAAGGAGAAGGAGAUGUCGGUCCCUCUGGGUGCAACACCAGGUGCUGUGCCAGAUGGAGAGGAGGACGACGGAGAUGGAAAGAAGAAGGCGAAAAACACGUACAAGCAGCUCAUCAAGGGCAUUCCUGGGAAACAUUCCAUGAAGAAGGACGACUACCUGACCACGAUGAUGCAGGUGCCUCCGAAGCAGAGGAUCUCCAUCCUGCCGUUUGACCAGCGGACACAGCGGGAUGCAUUCUCGGUCAGCUUGGAGGGCCUCAAAGGCUGGAAUAUCAACGCGCUCGUCGCGGAGUCGCCGCAAGCGCGAGAGGACAGGAAGAAACGCAAGGAGCUCAAGAAGCUCGCAAAAAUACAAGGCCAAACCCCGCUCGUGGCGGGCACACCCUCCGUGUUCGGCCUGCCUGCAACCCCUGCGGCAGUGUCAUCGUCAGCAACCGCUUCAGCUCGAGGCGCGACGCCGAAACUUGCAGGCGUACAACGGCCGGCUGCCUCAAUACCGCACGCGAACGUAAACCCAAGCCAUCCCCGAGGCCGAACGCCCGUCGGCAUCGGUACACCGCAGUCGAUGCCCACGCCUGGCACUGCUGCCAUCCCGACACCCGCACCGACGUCGGCUGCGUUCAGCCCCUCCGUGGCUACGCCUGCCACGGCAAGCGUGCCCACCGUCGCAGAGCCAAAGCGCGGGACCAAGCGCGAGAGGGAGCCCACUGGGGAUGGAUCCCAAGCCGUCGCGCACACAAAUGGCGUGGGCACCACGAAGGGGAACGGGAACGGGACCGCCACCUCCAAGCCGGCCAUGGUUGUCAGCGCGAAAGCGGGCAAUGCGGGAGUCCGGCCGAGGCCGCUGAAGAAGCAGCGCAUGGACACCGAGGGCGCUGCGAGGCCCCUUCCCAUACAGCAGCCGACGCCGCAUGCAUGA